UUUCGUGUGUGCACCAAGUGAAAGCGAGAUGAGUCAUAUGAGAGCCAAUCGACUGUUAGCACUGCUUUUGCUAGGCAGUUGGCUGCUGGUGCUGGGCCUGGCUACUGCGACUGGCCAGGAGGAGCGACUUCCAGUGGCUGCCAGCGAUGAGCCGCACAGUCGCAGCAAGCGGGGCAUCUUCUGGGACUUCAUUCAGAAAAUGGUCAUAACCAAAAAUCUGAUUGUCGAUCAAUACACCGACACGCGAAACACUCUGAACGACAUCUACAACACCGUAAAUGAGCAGUUCAGCGAUCCCGCCCCAGCGAAACCGACAUCUCAGCCAAGGGUAACAACUGAAAGGCUGCCGUCCAGUGACGAAGAUGAUCAGACAGUGAGAACAACGACAGAGGGUUUCGCCAUUUCCCGGUACGAGCUGGGCCGUAUCCUGGGUCGUAACUUCCGCGGCGUACAGCGCCUGGCCCAGAUCGAGUUCAAAGACGCCCUCAAUGCGACCCACUACAAUCUUCAGCAAUACAAAAUGGAGGCGGACAAGCAGUUUGCCAACAGCGUGGGCGUCGAGAAGAAGAACAAGCUGAAGAGUCUCGGCCUGGGCUGAGACCAGAGCUCCCACAACCUCUCUUCUCCACUGCCUUAAUUCUUGUAGUUGUUAUACAAAUUGUUUAUUUGUGGGCGUUGAUAGCGCGUUAAUUAACUCACCUGUGUACAUAUGUUACGGUUGUUAUUAUUUCUAACUUAUAAGUAGCGUAGAAGACCAUUUAGAGCUCAGAGCUAGCAUAAGACCUUGUACAUAUCUCUGACCAUAACUAUUUAUUGUACAAAUUUCCAUCGAAUAAACUGCGUUGAAGGGAGCUAACAGCUGGUGUA